GAAGCGAAGAUCACGGCUCACACACCGCGCGAGGACAGGGGCGGAGACGGCGGCAGCAAGCAACUGGUCGCCUCGACGUCGUCGCCGGUCGCCAUCGCAGAGAAGCUGCAAUUACUUUCGAGAGAAAGGACUGUGCAGAAGCCAUGUCUGAAAUCCAAGGUUGGGCAGACCUCCCAGAAUGCCUGCUGCACUCUAUCGUUGCUCGGCUCGGCCUGGGCUCUGCCCCGGAUCUUCUUGCCUUUGCUGCCACCUGCCACUCUUGGGGUGCCGCCUUCUCUGGCUCAUUAGCAACAUUCCCACCUCUCCUUCUCCAACAAGCUGUCCCUUGUAGCAACAACCUGGUGCCUAGACAUCCAUAUCUUGUCACGGAUAUAGCGAAAGUCAACCUUGGCCCCAACCCUUGCUCUGAGAUUCCUCUGCAACUGGACUUGUUUUCCUUCAUGGGGGCUUCCUAUGGUCAUCUCAUUCUGUCCCACAGAAAGUCAUGCAUAGUCGUUGAUCUGUUCAGAGGUAUUAGUGUCGCACCUCCACCACUACCUGUCAAUAAACCCACUGAGAUCAGCUAUGGUGCCCUCACUGCUCCUCUUACAUCACGCAACUCGCAUCUCAUUGUCGAUGCUGCACUGCACAAUCUGUUUUGGCGUGUUGGUAGCAACUCUUGGGUGAAAUGUUCUACUCGGUAUGGAACAAUCAAGCAAAUCGUGGUGUUCAAAGGGCGGGUCUUUGGCAUGGAUUCUGAUCGCAGGAUCUUCAAAGUGCACUUGGCACCCGAGAUAAGCAUACAGGAACUGCCACUUAUGGAGUGUAGCAUGAUCAGCCGGAAACUUUCUAACGCAUGGCUGGUGCCGUGUGGAGAUAUGCUUCUCUUGGUCGGCUUUCGGGGACCUCUUGUAGUAUCGGGGGUAACCUUCGAAGUCUUUCACCUUGACCUAUCGUUCGAGCCUGCAUUAUGGAUGAAGGUGGACAAGCUAGAGAAUUGGGCUAUAUUCAUCAGCACAGACAAGAGAAGCCAGCCAUUAUCUUGCAAGAAUCCAGAGAUAUGGGGAGGGAGGAGCAACUGCAUAUACUGCUAUAACCAUGACGCUAAACGCUGGACUGCACUUGAGUUGGGCAAGCCACUGCAGGGAGAUGGUACCGAAUCAAAUUCAAACGUCUUCAUUUACAUGGGCUGCGACAGCAGGGUGCAACCUAUGUGGGUUGUCCCCAGCAUUCUCUCUCUGCGUCGGUGAUGGUGAUGCACGGCUGAUAUAUUUUAUUCAUAGAAGAAUAUUUUGUAAUGGUCUGUAAGGAUCUCUUCCGCUUUGUUAAUUGUUGAUCGUCGAAUCUCGUGAAUGACUUUGAACUUGAUUUCUUGACUCUUGGUUUUGCAUUCAUCCGAAUGCUGUUUAUCCUAUGCUAUAUUCGCUGAUGCUCAUGUAGUGAAUCGCCUUCAGUGAUAAGUUGGUGUUCAACCUGUUUUAGCCCCAUGGGUUAUGCUCAAUGCCAUAGUGUAUCUCAUUGGGUUUGUCA